GAACCGUGUGAACAUGUUCAUAGUCGAUUUUUCGAUAUUCAUUUAGAAGAAAAAACAGUGCUCCAGAAAAUGUGAAAAAAGAUGUUUUAAAGAUCUUCUUUUAGUGCAGUGAUAGUUUCCGCGGGUUCACGGGGGUUUUACGUUUUACAUUUACUGCUGGCUAACUUCACGCUUCUUCUUAUGGCGAAAAUUCACGACCAACUUCAGUAAAGUGUCGGUACAAAAAAAAAUACACACCAAUAUCGUGUGUGUUGGAAGAUUUGAUAAGCAGAAAAACCUCCUUACGCCUUCAGACUCUUGGUGCGGAACAAAAGGAUUCCAUCAUGAGUGCUAUUUUCCGGCUUCCCAAGCUCAUUGGGCAAAAUACUGCGAAUAAGACACGACUGCUGUUUGGGGCCACCCGGAAACUCCAUGGGAGUGUCAAUAGAAACGCCGAAGCACAGGUGAACACGUCAGCGAUUUCCAAGGAAUAUCCAGUUGUGGAUCACACCUAUGAUGCCGUAGUUGUUGGUGCUGGAGGAGCUGGGCUCCGAGCAGCCUUCGGUCUCGUGGCCGAAGGCUUUAAGACAGCCGUGGUGACAAAGUUAUUUCCCACACGGAGUCACACAAUUGCAGCUCAAGGUGGAAUUAAUGCUGCUCUGGGAAAUAUGGAGGAGGAUAAUUGGAAGUAUCACAUGUAUGACACUGUCAAGGGGUCAGACUGGCUGGGUGAUCAGGAUGCCAUCCACUAUAUGACACGAGAAGCCCCUAAGGCGGUAAUUGAGUUGGAAAAUUACGGUAUGCCAUUUUCCCGGACGCCUGAAGGGAAAAUCUAUCAGCGGGCAUUUGGUGGGCAGAGCUUGAAGUUCGGUAAGGGUGGUCAGGCACACAGAUGCUGUGCUGUGGCAGACAGAACAGGACACUCCCUGCUGCAUACCCUCUACGGGCAAUCCUUGAGCUACAAUUGCAACUACUUCGUGGAGUAUUUUGCACUGGAUCUCUUGAUGGAAAAUGGUGAAUGUGUAGGAGUUAUUGCACUGUCUCUGGAAGAUGGUACCAUACACAGAUUCCGAGCUAAGAACACAGUUCUGGCUACUGGCGGUUAUGGUCGGGCAUACUUCUCCUGCACCUCAGCUCACACUUGCACUGGCGAUGGAACUUCUAUGGUGGCCAGAUGUGGCUUACCAUCGCAGGAUCUUGAAUUUGUGCAGUUCCACCCAACUGGCAUAUAUGGAGCUGGAUGCCUGAUCACCGAAGGAUGUCGUGGAGAGGGAGGUUAUCUUGUGAAUUCCGAGGGUGAACGUUUCAUGGAACGCUAUGCCCCUGUGGCCAAGGAUCUCGCUUCCCGUGAUGUUGUCUCACGAUCCAUGACCAUUGAAAUUCGUGAGGGCCGAGGAGUUGGUCCAGAGAAAGAUCACGUGUACCUGCAACUCCAUCAUUUGCCCCCAGAACAGUUGGCUGCACGUCUGCCUGGUAUUUCCGAAACUGCCAUGAUCUUUGCCGGUGUCGAUGUCACCAGGGAGCCUAUUCCAGUGAUUCCCACAGUUCACUACAACAUGGGCGGAGUACCUACGAACUACAAGGGACAGGUCUUAACCUCAGACGGCAACGGUAACGACAAGGUUGUUCCAGGAUUGUAUGCUGCUGGUGAAGCCGGCUGUUCAUCCGUGCAUGGUGCUAAUAGAUUGGGAGCUAAUUCUCUGCUGGAUUUAGUGGUGUUUGGACGAGCCUGUGCUAAGACAAUUGCCUCAGAAAAUCGCCCAGGAGAACCUAUUCCUGACUUAAAAUCGAAUGCUGGUGAGGCUUCUGUGGCAAAUUUGGACAAAUUGAGGAAUGCCAAUGGUGCCAUUCCAACGGCCACCCUGAGACUGCAAAUGCAGAAAACAAUGCAUACGCAUGCAGCUGUCUUCCGGGAGGCUGAAACCCUUCAGGCUGGUGUUGAGAAGAUGAAAGAUGUAUACAAAUCCUUCAAGGAUGUCAAAGUAUUUGACAAGUCACUGAUUUGGAAUUCGGACCUCGUGGAGACACUUGAGCUGCAGAAUUUGCUACUUAAUGCCCAAAUGACGAUUGUCGCUGCGGAAAAUAGAAAAGAAUCUCGUGGUGCUCAUGCUAGGGAGGACUUUAAAACACGCAUCGAUGAAUAUGAUUACAGUAAGCCACUCGAAGGGCAGCAGAAGAAGCCGCUGGAGCAACAUUGGCGCAAGCAUACACUCACGUGGUGUGAUCCAGAAACGGGAAAAGUUACGAUCAAAUAUCGACCCGUGAUUGAUAAUACGCUGAGUUCUGAAUGCGAUACCGUGCCCCCUGCAAUUCGCUCUUAUUAAGAAAUGAAAUUGCAUCAAGUACUCGAUUAUUUUGUUUUCAUUUUGAUUUAGUAUUUUUUUGCCCUUUGAAAUCGACUGUAAAUUAUCCCCAACGAGUUGUUAGCACAUAACGCAAGUAUUUAAAUUUAAAUUAAAUUAAACGGGUACUUAAAUGUGUCUUUAUGAUUUACCUGCCCCUUUUUGUGUUCUUUCUCAUAAAAAUUAUAGUAAUUUAAUAAAUGAUUAAAAAUCCUGUUGCUAAAAA